GCCCGCUCCCUCCGGGGCCCGGCGCCCGGGCCCGCAGUCGCACGGCGCCGCCAUGGAGCUGGGGCUCGCGGGCCGCCGCGCGCUGGUCACGGGCGCGGGCAAAGGCAUCGGGCGCAGCACGGUGCUGGCGCUGCACGCCGCGGGGGCGCAGGUGGUGGCCGUGAGCCGGACCCGGGCCGACCUGGAGAGCCUGGUGUGUGAGUGUCCCGGAGUGGAGCCCCUGUGCGUGGACCUGGGGGACUGGGCGGCCACGGAGCGGGCGCUGCGUGACGUGGGCCCCGUGGACCUGCUGGUGAACAACGCGGCUGUGGCGCUUCUGCAGCCCUUCCUGGAGAUCACCAAGGAGGCAUGUGACACGUCCUUUGAGGUCAACCUGCGGGCAGUGAUCCAGGUGUCCCAAGUGGUGGCCCGUGGCCUCAUUGCCCGGGGAGUCCCUGGCUCCAUCGUGAAUGUGUCCAGCCAGGCAUCACAGCGAGCCCUAACUAACCACAGUGUGUACUGCUCCUGCAAGGGUGCCCUCGACAUGCUCACCAAGGUGAUGGCUCUGGAGCUAGGGCCUCACAAGAUCCGUGUGAAUGCGGUGAACCCCACAGUCGUCAUGACGCCCAUGGGCCAGGCCAACUGGAGCGACCCCCAGAAGGCCAAGUCCAUGCUGGAUCGUAUCCCUCUGGGCAGGUUUGCAGAGAUGGAGAAUGUGGUGGACACCAUCCUCUUCCUGCUGAGUGACCGCAGCAGCAUGACCACAGGGGCGACGCUGCCUGUGGACGGAGGCUUCCUGGCCACCUGAGCCUCCGCACUGCUGCCCUGCGCUGAGCCCCCAAUAAACACACUGCUGCUUC